CCUCGAAGGUCGUCGAUAUCGCUCAACGUGAGCUGGAGGUCUGAGAUGUAGCCUUUGCAGCGGAAAAGUGUUGGAUCUUUUUCAAUUUCAUCUUCUGGGUGUCAACGUGUUGGGUGGCGUGACGACCGUUGUCAUCAGAGGCACGGGGAGGAAGCGUGAGUAUGAGUUUGCAGCCUAGGCGAGAAUACCACAUCGUCGUGCUCGGUGCAGGCGGCGUAGGCAAAAGCUGUCUCACGGCCCAAUUCGUCCAGAAUGUCUGGAUCGAGAGCUAUGACCCCACCAUCGAAGACUCCUACCGCAAGCAAGUCAAUGUCGAUGGCCGACAGAUCAUGCUGGAGAUUCUUGACACAGCUGGUACGGAACAGUUUACAGCUAUGAGAGAGCUCUACAUGAAACAAGGUCAAGGCUUUCUCCUGGUCUUCUCAAUCUGCAACAUGAAUUCCUUUCACGAGCUGGCCGAGCUACGGGAACAAAUCAUCCGAAUCAAGGACGAUGAAGAUAUCCCGCUGGUGGUGGUCGGCAACAAAUCCGAUAUGGAGGACGAGCGAGUCGUACAACGAGCCCGAGCCUUCCAGCUGGCACAGCAAUGGGGCCAGAAGCCAUACUACGAAACCUCGGCGCGAAGACGAACCAACGUCGACGAAGUUUUUCACAACCUCUGUUCUCAGAUUAUUCAGAAAGACACCAGUCGGACUCAGCAGAACGAGCAGCAAGCGGCAACCCGACGCCGGGAGCGACCGAAUCGACACGAGCGUCGAGGCAAAAGAACUCGAAAUCGUGAUCGAUGUGUCAUAUUGUAAUCCUAGUCUUGUCAGAAUAUGUGUUUUCGGUGUAUCGACAUGCAAUCCUAGCAUCAUCGGCGUUGCAAAAAGCUAGAGGAAAAGAACAAUCUCGGGUGGAAUUUUUUGGGACGAUCG